UCACAUUACUGAUCGGUAGGUAUGUCACUGGUAUUUUUAUCGCUGUCUCGGCUUAUCUAAYCAGAUUGUACUAUUGGUAAAUACCGCUAUCAUAAGUUACUGACUGAGUCAUCAUUUCCCUUARUAAGCAAGUUUUCAGAAACCUAAACCUCCAGUUUAAUACCUCGUGAAAGUCCAGUUCCUCAACUUCUACCAGAUAGGAAAUGGAAGAAGAAUUCGAAUAUUAUUUUGCUUAUGGAUCGAAUCUUAAUGCCGAAAGAAUGAAGGAAAGGCAAGCAGUGUACACAAGACGGGAACAUGCCGUUCUUCGUGGAUACAAGCUCGAGUUCGCUUUUAACAGUGGUUCUGGAUUUGGUUCUGCGACUGUGGUACCGGAGGAGAAUUCSAAUGUCCAUGGAGCUCUUUAUACUUUAGAAAAAGGAGGCCUCGCAAAGCUUGACAUAUUUGAGUGGGUUCCAAGAGGAGGAUAUGAAAGAAUUAACGUUAAAGUAUACCGCAGCAAUGGAGAAGCAGUGGAUUGUACGGCGUACGUUUGCACCGAAAAGUUUUUCAAAUUGGGACUUCGUCCUUCUAAGGAGUACUUAGGUCAUUUACUGAAAGGCAAAGAUUUACUUCCUUCGAGUUACUACAGCUUUUUGGAAAACCAUGAAUGUGGGAAUUGAACCUUUAAAACUUAACGACGAAUUAUACCGGGAUUAUAGGCUAGAUCGAAUUGAAACUACGUUUGCACUGUCACGUGUUCAGGGAGGAAGGAGUUUGCCCUGGGAAUCAUGAUACAAGGUCACAAUAAUAUUCAACUUUAUUAUAUACAUGCAUUACAGUAUUCGAUAUUCUAACAGGUGUGAAAAUAUCAGAAAUACAAAAGAAUUGCGUAAAUAUAAAUUGUAUUGUGUAUUGAUUUUUGUCACUUGUAUAGACAACAAAAGGUCAUUUGAUAAGAUAAAUUGCAAAUGUUGUCACUGAAUAUUCGUGCAAAGUUAAAAAAUGACUAUGCAAAUGAAUUUGUUGUUGUCUGUGUGUCUUUA